CAUAGAUGUAAAAAUUUAUUUUAUAUUCAUUUUCCUGCAAUUGCAGUAUAUUCUUGAAGACAUGGGGGCCUCACAAUCAUUAGAAACUCCUAUUACAAUUUAUAACGAGUCUAAUAUUAGGUUUUCUCGUGGAUUAGUUGAAAAAUUACAACGAGAGAGAGAGAGAGCGAAGCAUGCCAAACAAGAAAUAUCACAACCAACUACUUAUUCAGGUGAUGGUAAAGUACUUAAUGAAGAAUUGGAAAAUAUAAUUAAAGUACGUGUAGACGAUGAAUUAAAACGAAUUCGUGAAAGAGAAGAUGAAGUUGCUCAACGUGUUCAAGAAGAACUAUUUAGACAGAAAAUUUCACUUACUGAUAGUGGUGCUAGUUCUGCUUCUACCGAACAUGAUAUAAAUGAAUUGAUUGAAAGAAUUGAAAGAAAAUAUAAAAGUAGUGUUUCAUCUGAAAUAAUUGAACAACAACGGGCUGUGAUAUCUUGUUACAAGAAUAACAGUUCACGAACCCUCGAUUGUUGGGAGGAAGUACAAAAAUUCAAACGUGUCACACGAGAUGCAGCUCAGGAAUCUAUUGCUUCUCUUAACCGAUCGUAAUACUUUAAUAUUAAAUGAAUAUUUAUUCCAAUACCUUUUUUUUUGCAUUAGAUAUAUUAAUUUACUUUAAGAAAAAAAAAAAAUAACCUUUUAAUAAAACUUUUGAAGUUCUGCUGAAAAUAGCAGAAUACAUUACAAACUAAUUAAUAUAGAGA